CCAUAUUAUUACGUUUUUUAAGUUUUAACUUUCAAGAAAGUAAUUACAAGUUGCUACUUGCUGUUGUCCUUUAUUUACGUAUUUAUUUACCCAAAUCUAAUCAUGUCCGCCGUUAAGUUUGGUAGCCACCUAAAAGAACUACGAUUGCAUUUAUGUCAGUCAUCUCCCUCAAGCAAAGGAGUUCGGCAGUUUAUAGAAAAAUACUACACUUCGUUGAAAAAAGCUAAUCCAAAGUUUCCAAUUUUAGUACGCGAAUGCAGUGGUAUUGAACCAAAAGUGUUUGCUCGAUUUGAAUUUGGACAAGAACGAAGUGAACAUCUAUCUGAUCAAUCGGCAGAGAAUGUACUCAAAAAAAUAGAAGGAUUAGUAAAACAAUAGAAUUGUGUUUCAAAAAGUGCAAAAAAUUACUUCUCAUAAAAAUAUUAACUAUCAACCAAUCGGUAUAGUAAAGGGCACUUAUUUACCAUUAGUGUCAUAAUUUGACUAUUAAUGUUUUGAAGUGGAAUGCUGGCAAGUGAAAUGUUAAUUAUCAACUGAGCCAAAAAUAUUAUAUAAAAUACUCAACAAUUAAAAAAUACACUUCAUCUAGAAAAAUAUGUAACAUAUUAUGUACAAUAUGGAUUCCAAUUAUAACUCUCUAACAUAAUUACAACAAAAAUAACAAUUGUACCAACUUUAUUUUUGAAAUCUAUUUGCUCUUUAUUUUUCAAUGAUCCUGAUAACAUCUAUAUUACAAAAAAGUAAAGUGCAACAUACCUAUUGUAAAGAAUCUGAAUAGAUUUUAGGUAUCUAAGCCUAUAUAAUAAUACAUUUUUAAGCAUCUAAAUAAUAUCUUGAAACAAAAAAAAGAAAAGAAAGAUAGAGAAACUUGAAUUGGAAUUUGUAAUACAUAUUAUGAUGCUAUAAUAAAUACUGAUUUUUU